CCGAGUCGAGCUAAGUGGAACCAGACUGUCGGGUUUGCUUUUGAGCGUGUGCGGACCGUGCCAAGCACGAUGGCUCAAGACCAGCCUUUGCUGGCUGUGCAGGAGGUCCUGAGGAAGUGCUUCCCCGUGGUGGAGGAGCAGCAGGACCUGUGGCAAAGCACUGUGCAGGACUGCUCGCCCCUCCUCUCCUCUCUCAGCAACCUGGCUGAGCAGCUGCAGGCUGCACAGAAUCUGCGGUUUGAGGAUGUGCCGGCCCUUCGUCCCUUCCCGGACUUAGAGGAGCGGCUGAGGCGCAAGCAGCUGGAGGCUGGUGACAUUGUCCUGGACAAGCUCGCUGAGAGGCUAGCCACCCUCCUCAAGGUCCGCGACACCGUCAGCAGGCACGUGGAGCAGGUGUUUCAGACCUACGAGCAGCAUUCGGCUGCGCUUGACAUGGAUGCUGUCCUGCGGCCCUCGGUUGUGAGCCCCUCUGUGGCCGACAUGUUGGAGUGGUUGCAAGACAUCGACAGACACUAUCGAAGCUCGUACCUGAAGAGAAAGUACCUGCUCUCCUCCAUCCACUGGGGAGACUUGGCCAGCGUCCAAGCACUGCCUAAGGCCUGGGACCAGAUUUCCGAAGAUGAAUGCCAGACCCUUGUGCCAGAUAUCCUGGUGAGUGUCUCCUUCUUCCUGGAAGAGCCAGGAAGUUGCGCAGUGUCUGGAGAUCUGGAGCCCCGCAGUUGAGGGCUGCUGUUGCUACCUCUGCUGUUUCUAAGUGCGCAUCGGCAGUGCAGCCCGACGCCCUGAGAUACCAGAACCUACUGUCGAGGUCCCUGGGGCUUCUCCACGCUGGGCCGUGGCCAAGGGUCCAUGGCCGUUGCCCCUGCGGCUCUGGCAGGUGGAUAGGGGCAGAGGAAACAGGAAAGGCAGCGCUGAUGAGCAGUGUCCAUCUCCGUCGUUAGGCUGGACUGGCAGGGAAGGAAAGGGUAGGAGGUAGAGGGCCACAGGCGCCUCUGCGUCAGCUGAAGUACUUCGUCCGGUUGGCUCAGGUCCUGGUUGUGUGUGUCAAUAUCUGAAUCCUUAAUGGUUUAAAGAUAUGAGUGGGUCUGGGAGUGCAGGGCAGUACCAGUGUGUAUGUGGCACAUGCGAAGCCUUGGAUUCAAUCCCUUGCACACCCUAAAAAGGGAGGGACUGAAGGAAAGAGCAUUUGAAAUGCUUCACAGUAGUUCAAAAAGCCAAUUUCCAUUUCCAAAAUCAGCCACCAGGGGGAGAUGGUGUAGCGUGAACGGUUCUGAAUGUUUUGUCCUUGAGAGGUCCCCUGUUGCUGUUAAAAGUAACUGAGAGCCAGGAAUAGCCCACUCACCACUGGAGAGGCAGACAGGUGAUCUCCAUGAUUUUGAGAUCACCCUGAUCUACAUAGCUCCAGACUAACCAAGGCUACAUACUGAAACUGUCUCAAAAAAAAAAAAAAAAAAAAAAACCCCAAACAAACAAACAAAAAAAACCACCAAGGCCAAAGAAAAGAGGGAAAGAAAUAAGUGAACUGAGAAUAGCGAGACUCUCCAGCUGCCAGGGUUGAGACUCAGGUGACCUCUCAUUGACUACAUUCUUCUGAGUCUGGAGGGACUGGCCAGGUAGGAGACUAUGCCAGCUGUGAUUGUUAGUUUUGAUUGUUCAUUUGAAACAUGUAAAGUCUCCUAGGAAGGGAAACUCAAUGAGGAAUGUUCUAGAUUUGGCUGGCCUGCAGGCAUGGCUGCAGGAUUUUCUUCAUUGAGGUGAGAAGAGCCAUCCUGAAUGUGGGUGGCAUCGUUUCACGGCUGGGCCCUAGAUCGAAUGAGAGAGCGAGCAGGCUAACCACCAACAGGCACGCACUAAUCCAUUGCUCUUGAUGGUGGGUGUCACGUGACCAGCUGCUUCAAGUGCCUGCCGCCUUGACUUCCCUGCGGUGAUGGACUGUACCCUCAAAUCAUGAUUCUAAUAAACCCUUUCUCAGUUGUACUGGUCAGCGUGUAUCAUAGUGUUUUAGGUUCUCUAGAGGAGCAGAACUGAUAGAAUGAAUGAAUAUAUAUCCAGAGAGAUCCGGGCAAGAGUGAGGGCAGGCAAGCCGAAAGCAGAACUUUCUUCUUCCACCUGCUUUUAUGUGGGCUGCCACCAGAAAGUGUGGUUCAGACUUGGGAUGGGUCUUCUCACCUCAAAUGAUCCAGAUUUAGGGUGAGUCUUCCUACCUUAAUGAUCUAGUUAAGAAAAGCCCUCACAGGCAUGCCCAGCUGCUUGGGUUUUAGUUGAUUCCAGCUGUGGUCAAGUUGACAGCCAAGAUCAGCCAUCACACACAGUAACAGGAAAUAAGCUGAGAGGCAGCCUUGAGUCAGAGCCUCACUCAGCCUCUGCAGAGACUGCUUGCCUUGGGGUCCUGGUUUCCGACAUGCUGCCAUGCACAGGACUUAACGCAGAGGAUGAAUACAUUUAAAAAGAACGUGACGUUGUUUUUCUUACUACAUUUUUUGUUUUUAAUUAAAGGGAAACUAGAAAAAAACUUAAACGACAGGAAAGUAUAAUGCAGACCCACCCUAGAUAUUCUGAUCUGUGUCCCUUCACUAUUCACAAAUUUAAAAACAAAAACAUUGAUACAAACUUGUUCUUUUUACCUUUGUGGAUAGUGGGACAUCUGCAAAUAAGCCAGCAAAACAGUACUGUAUAGAUGAUCUGACAUUUUGUGAAUAUAUUACUUUUUUUUUUGUUCUUUAUGCAUGUUUGUGUCUAUGCAUGCGUGUUCAUGUAUGGGUGUGUAUGUGCAUGUAUGUGUGUGUAGAGACCAGAGGAUGACUAGGUGUCAUCCCUGGGAACAUCAUCCUCCCCCUUUGAGACAUGGUCUCUCAUUGCCUUUGAACUUACCAACUAAAUUAUGUGUGCUGGCCAGUGAGCCAGGACCCUCCUCUGUCUCCCCAGGACUGGGAUUACAAGCUUGCCACAAUGCCUAAUGAUCUUCCUCAGCUCCUCAAAUGCCAGGGCUACAGCUGGGUGCCACCAUGCCCACCGUUAGUACUGAGUCUUACGCUGGGCCCUGGGCAUAGAGGUGGAAGAAAGCUAUAGGAAGUACUAUCGUUGAGGCCUGGGGCCACCAGAGGGUAUCAGAUCCUCUGGGACCAGAAUCACAGAUGGUUCAUCAGCCACCGUGUGAAAUGAAUGUGGGUCUUUAAGAGCAGCUGGCUGUCGACCACUGACCAACCUCUGCAGCCCCAGGCCAGACAGUUUUGAAUCGGUGUUUCUCAAGCUUAAGUGUGCAUAUAAAUGACAAGUAUCUUGUUAAAAUAUAGACUCUCACCCUUUAGGUUCUGCUGAGGUCUCAGGUGAUGUCAGUGCUGGUGGUCUAGGAGUUGUAGAGAACUGGAUUCGGAGUAUAGUAGAGUAACGGGAGGGUUACAGUUGAAGUCAAAAGCACUGUGGGAGGAAAGAGGCACUGUCGGCUGUGGGAACUGCUUGAUGCUGACAGUGACAUCUGAAUUAGCCUUGGAGGGAAUUGGACUUGGGCUGGAUCAGGGAGAGGGGAGCAGGGCAGCCCAGGCCUUGGGACAGUCCAGGCAAAAGCAGCCUUGGCUUGAGGGUGGAGUUUGCUGCAAGUCUGUUGUGGGCCAGGCACCAUGCUUGUUACAUUUACUCCCAGGGCCUGGUAUGUUAAUAAGAUUCAGAAUAUCAACUAUGGAGUUUGUAGGACGGGAAAACAAGACCCCAUCUGUGAGGUCAGCUUGGGCCAGAUUGUGUAGAAUCCUGACUUUUUGCUUAAGAGUUUGUAUUUGGGGGCUAGAGAGAGAGUUGGCUUUCAGUAUGUGCUGGCUGAACAAGCAGAGACCUGAGUGUUCUCAGCACUCAUGGUAAAGCCAGGUGCAGUGAGAUGUACUUAUAAUGAGAACUCUGGAAAGCCAGGACAGACUCUGGGGCUUGCUGGACAGUGAGCGGGCUCUGGGUUCAUUGAGAGAUCCUAUCUCAAAAGCAAAGCAGGGCCGGGCGGUGGUGGCGCACGCCUUUAAUCCCAGCACUCGGGAGGCAGAGCCAGGCGGAUCUCUGUGAGUUUGAGGCCAGCCUGGUCUCCAAAGCGAGUUCCAGGAAAGGCGCAAAGCUACACAGAGAAACCCUGCCUCGAAAAAACCAAAAAAAAAAAAGCAAAGCAGGUGUAGACCAGAGAAGUAGACACUUGACUUCUCUCUCCGGCCUCCAUGUGCAUUUGCAUACACACAUGCACACGGGCUUGUGUUUUGUGCUAGAGAUGGGAAUUGUAUUUUGUGCUAGAGAUGGGAACUCUGUGUGUGUGUGUGUGUGUGUGCUAUGUAACACUUCAGCCUUUGAAGGACCCUAUUCUAUCUAUGAGGGUGGCCCCAUAACGUAGUAUUGCUAGUGACCUCCUAGGCAUUUUGUUGAAAUACACAACAGAAUCACUAAAGUCCAUCUCUCAGAAUGUACCUGCUUUAUUAAGUACCAGUUAUAAAUGUUUUAUUUAUCGUAAUAAAGCUGUCUUUCUCCUUGAAACAGA